CAAAGAACGAACUCCAGUGUGCGUUGUUCUUGACUGCAACUAACGUUCUUGGUUUACUGUAACUUUCUUCAUACUCUAAGGUGUAUUGAGCUUUCUUAGAAAACUCAAUCUGCGUAAAAUCUCAGGAACGCCUUACGCACGCACUGGCAAGUUUAGUUUGUACAUCAUAUAGAUCCUCUGCCAUUUAGACUUGAGAAGCGUCUAAGAAAGAAAACACACGACUAUGACAAGUCCAACAAUCCUGACACUGACAUGUCUGGCAGCAUUGGCAAGUGGUUUUCCGGACGGUGCUCCAGUGGACACAUGCGUGAAGCCAAGAGUCAAUCAACCGUACCAUGGCCAAGCUCGUAGUCAGCCGUUAGCGAGCAACCCUUACCAAGUGAUUGCUUCGAGCGAUAACUACCGUCCCGGCUCACAGAUUACUGUGAAAAUCCAAGGAGCAAACUUCAAGGGUUUCUUCCUGCAAGCUCGCGAUGCGCAGACGAACGAAUGGAUCGGCUCAUGGGCUAAAACUGCCAACACCAAUGCUCACCACGAGUGUAGUGCUGUCACCCAUAACGACCCGCGUGACAAGCAGCUUGCAACUCUCCUUUGGAAUGCUCCUCAGAAUGGACGAGUCGGCACUGUCUACUUCACGGGAACAAUAUUGAAAAAUUAUUCAACCUUCUGGUCCGACAUCGUAUCGCAAGUCGGUCGAUAAGAUUUCUUUUCUUCGUAUUGAGCCAAUAUUAAAAUGUAGUACGUGAUCCCCAAUCUAGCAUACGACGAGAAUCAGCGAUAUCAUGUAUUUUGUAACUUUUUGUUU